GCAACCUCCAGUCAGCCUCCAAGAAAAGCUCUCAAUUUAUCCACUACUCCAGUUUCCACUCAUCCUUUUAGUUCGGAACCUCAGCGAGUUUUGGUCAGACUCGCGACCUCUCGACCUCGAUUUUGUGCACCUGUUUCAACACGAACGGGACAUAAGCAGCCGUCAAUACCUGAUCAGCCCUUUACCUACACGACAUCCCAAGGCCCGCCACGCUAAACCACUGAUCGCGGAUCAUCGUCGCAGCUGAGCCAUCAUGGCGGGAAAGCUCCUGGGCGAGAAAGGAUCCGCGAGCGCGGAGAGCAGCAACAUGCUGGACUUUGACACGGCGGCGGCAGAGGCGGUGAGCGAAGAGGAGCAACCGGUGGAGCCGCUCGACAGCUUCGUGGAGCGCGCGCUCGUCAAGUCGCGCGCGCAGUACGACGCCAUGUACCGCCAGUCGCUCGACGACCCCGAGGCCUUCUGGGGCGACAUGUCGGCGCAGUACCACUGGGAGACUCAGUGGGAGGUGCUGCAAGCGGGCAACAUGGACGUGCGCCAGGGCGCGGUGGACAUCAGGUGGUUCGUGGGCGGGCGCACCAACCUGUGCUACAACGCCGUAGACCGCCACGUGGCGGCGGGCCGCGGCGACAAGGUGGCUAUCUUCUGGGAGGGCAACGACCUGGGCGUGUCGGGCUCGUGGACGUACUCCCACCUGUUGACUCAGGUCUGCCGCAUCGCCAACUACCUGCGAAGCGUGGGCGUGCGCAAGGGCGACGUGGUCACGAUCUACCUCCCCAUGGUCCCCGAGCUCCCCGCCGCCAUGCUCGCGUGCGCGCGCAUCGGCGCGGUGCACUCGGUGGUGUUCGCGGGGUUCUCCGCGGAGGCCCUGGCGGGGCGCAUCGCGGACUCGGCGUCGCGCGUGGUGCUGACGGCUUCCGCGGUGAUGCGCGGGACGAAGCUGAUCGCGCUGAAGAAGAUCGUCGACGACGCCGUGGCGCAGUGCCCCGAGGGACUGCAGCCGUCCACCGUGCUGGUCUUCGACAACGACCUCGCCAUGCCGCGCGCGCACGUGCCGUUCGAGCCCGCGCGCGACGUGUGGUGGCAGGACUCGGUGCGGUUGCUGCCGGGAGAAUGCAGCGUCGAGUGGUUGAAGUCCGAAGACCCGCUCUUUCUCCUCUACACGUCGGGCAGCACCGGGAAGCCCAAGGGCGUGCAGCACACGACGGGCGGGUUCAUGGUGGGCGCGGGCACGAGCUUCAAGUACAUAUUCGACCACCACGAGGACGACGUGUACUGGUGCACGGCGGACUGCGGGUGGAUCACGGGCCACACGUACUUGGCGUACGGCCCGCUGCUCAACGGGUCGUCCAUGGUGGUCUUCGAGGGCGUGCCCACGCAUCCCGACGCCGGACGCUGCUGGGAUGUUGUCGAUAAGUACAAGGUGACUGUCUUCUAUACCGCGCCCACAGCCAUCCGCGCACUCAUGCGGUGCGGCGACCAGUGGCCUGGCAAGUACAGCCUGGCAUCGCUUCGCCUGCUCGGGAGUGUUGGAGAGCCCAUCAACCCCGAGGCAUGGCGCUGGUUCCACUCCGCAGUGGGCAGGGGGCGCUGCCCCAUAGUGGACACCUGGUGGCAGACGGAGACAGGCGCUAUCAUGAUCACCCCCCUCCCAGGCGCCAUGCCCUUAAAGCCUGGGUGCGCCACCCUCCCCUUCUUCGGCGUGGAGCCGGUGGUGCUGGACGAGCAGGGGCGCGAGGUGGAGGGCGAGGCGGCGGGGCUGCUGUGCAUCAAGCGCCCCUGGCCCAGCAUGAUGCGCACCGUCGUGGGCGACCACGCACGCUACGAGACCAACUACUUCGCCCCCUUCCCGGGUUACUACUUCUCGGGGGAUGGCUGUCGCAGGGACGCUGAUGGCUUCUACUGGAUCACAGGCAGGGUGGACGACGUCAUCAACGUCAGUGGUCACCGCAUUGGCACAGCCGAGGUGGAGAGUGCGCUUGUUGCCCACGACAUAUGUGCUGAGGCGGCAGUGGUGGGCUAUGAGCAUCCCAUCAAGGGCCAGGGCAUCUACGCCUUUGUCACACUUAUGGAAGGCAUUGUGCAAUCUGACGAGGUGAGGGCACAGCUCAAGUCAGCGGUGCGUCAGCACAUAGGGGCAUUCGCUGCCCCUGAUGUUAUCCACUGGGCUCCUGGCCUGCCAAAAACUCGGUCUGGAAAGAUUAUGCGCCGCGUACUGCGCAAGAUAGCUGCCAACGACAUCGAAGCUCUUGGUGACCUUACCACAUUGGCUGACCCGUGUGUUGUGCAAAGCUUGAUUGGUCUGCGGGGGAAAUAAGCCUUUACAGGAUAGCAUUGUACAUGAAAUCGUGUUGCAUCCAUGUAAGUUAUUGUAUAUCCUUCUAUCAAAAUUAGUGAAGUGAAUUAUG